UUGCCAUUGGGGUUUCAUGACAGCAGCAGCACAGAGGCAAUGUCCACUUGCCAGCACAACUGACCAGACUCGUUUCUACCCCAUUAUGGAUGUUUUUUCUUGAUACACUCCAGAUAAAUCACCAAGAAUGGCUGUUUCAGGGGCUUCCAAACUCCUGUGGGUUAUAGGUGCAGCUUUUUUGAUUUUACCACGCAUCAACGAGGGAUUGUUGUCUGACUACAAAAUCUGUGGAGAUUCUGAGUGUGAAAGAAUGCUGAGCAGAGUGCAGGCAAUAAAGGACUACCACGGUAAGGACUGUCGUUUCCUGAGCUUCAGGAAAAGAGACACCAUCUUUGUUUACCACAAACUGACUGGAAAGAGAGAAGACCUCUGGGCAGGCAGUAUCGACAAACAGUUUGGCUAUUUCCCGAAAGAUGCAGUGCGGGAGGAACAGGUUUAUGCAACUGUGGAGAAAGUAGUGGAAACACAGGAAUCAGAUUUCUUCUGUAUGGAUGAGUUUGGCUAUCCCAUUGACUCUGCUCAUCUGGAGAAUGAUGAUGAUGAUGAUGAUGAAAGUGAUCAGGAAGUCCAAAUCCAGGAGCCAGACACCACCCAAAACACCCUGAACACUGACGACACAAUCACUGAAAGUCCUUUGACACCUGCAGAUCCCUCUACAGAACCUCCAGUUUCAGCUCAGGAAACAGAAGAAGAUACAAACAAAAAUCACGAUGAUGCUGCAGUUGGGCCUCACGAGGAAGCACAGGAGACUCCUGCGACUCCGAACGAACAAGGUGGGUCUCCCUCUUCUUCCUGGCUCGGUUCCUCAGUGACAGGAUGGUUAGGUCUGGCUGACGAGGAGCAACCUGGCAAUUUGGCUGAAGGAGAGAAGGAAGAUGAAAGGAAAGAGAUCCAGGCAGAUGAUUCGCUCGCUUCUUCAGUGACGGGAUGGCUGGGGUUUGGAAGACAAGGAAAAACUACUGAUGAAGCCAAAGAAAGUGUAAAAAACAGCGAAGAAACCGCUGAUUCACUCACUUCUACCAUGACUGGGUGGCUCGGCUUUGGAGAUGAGAAAAAAAUAGAGCAAGAGGAACAAAAAGAGGUGAAUGAAGAAAAAGAAGAACCAGUGGAGAAAUUCAGGAGUAGGAGGAUGUCUUUGGAUCUUGAAGGUAGCCAGUUGCAUGUAGAAGAGAAUGAAGAGACGGGGACAUUGGGUUGGUUGGGUAAUGGACUGUCAAACACACUAGGGUUUGGCCCGACCAAUCAGGACUCAGAACAUGAGGCAGUAAGCGGAGGAGAAAGUGAGGAUGAAAAGGAGCAGCCAGCAUCUAAUUCUUGGAUUGAUAUGGGGAUCAGAGGCAUUUUAGGCUUCAGGAAAGAUAAUGAUGAAAGUCCAGUAAGUGUCUUUAAGGAGACAGAAGAGGAUAUAACCUCACAACAACCAGCAGGAUCACAGAGUGUGGAAACUCAUCAAUCACAAUCUGUUCUGACAGAUGAGGGAAAGAUUGAGACUAGCAAUGAAUCACAAGUGGAAGAACCUCCAAAAGACCUAAAUGCUCCAUCCACAGAGGCAGUAACUGCUCACAGUAAUGAUAAUGAUACAGAUUCUUUAGACAGUAGCAAAAGCAGUGUUCUGCAGAUAGGGUCUGAAUCUAUGGAUGAUCACAAAGAUCUUUCUUCUCAUAUCGAGUCUGAGGAAAAAUCCCAUGUUGUGAAUGGAAUGUCCUCUAUGAUCAACAGCUUUUUCCAAAUCAGUGACAAAGAGGAUAAAGAAGAUGCUUUAGAAGAUGACAGUAAAGAGAAAAACAAAAUAGAUGAAGAGAUAUCUGCAGAAAUGGAGGGUGAAAAUCAUGAGAUGCAAAAAUCAAUUGGAAAUGAGGGUAAGGAUGUUAACAGGGAGACAGAAGAGAAAGAAUUUAAAAUACAGUCUGACAAUAAUUUGGGCCCUGACCGUAGUUCUGUGGAUUUAAAGCCAAACUCCAUCAAACUAUCUGCAGUUAAGGUGGAGGAAGAUGAAAGCAAGAAAACAGACAGUGUACAGGAGGAAGGUGAUGAAAUCAUACAUCAGGCAGAAGAAUCCACAGAUGUGUCUGGUAUGACUAACACGACUGGUGACAAUCAUGAAGGAGGGAGCAGUAAUGAAGAGACAGAAUUACCUCACAGAGAAACUUUCAUAGCUCAGACUGAGAAAUCAGCAGAUAAAAGUCAAGUCAGUGGUGAGCUAUUCUUGCCAUCAGUUGAUGAGAGAAAUGAACCAAUCCCAGUUGAGGAUAAAGGUUUUACUAUUCACAGACCUGAAACAAAUGAUGCCAGCUCAGAUACACUAGCUAUGGCUGACAGCAAUGCAGAAACACAUCACAGUGAGUUGGGGCAUGAGGAAGAAACACAACCUGUUAAGGGCAGCUCUGAGGAACUGGAAUCCUCCCAUUCUUCUAAUACAAGCACUGAAAGUUUGGAUGAAAAUCCCUCUGAAGAGAACAGAGAAACAAUCUCCUCUGGUGGAAGCACAGUAAACACAGAUCAGGCCUCUGUGUCGCUGCAGAUGGACCACAGGGUCACACAAAGGGAUGGUGAUGCAGACGAUAUAAAGGAAACUGUUGAAGAAACUGUGAAUGACAGCACAAACAACCUCCAGCAGGCUCAGACUGAGAAAGAGACAUCAGGUGCUGAGGAGGAAGAUCUGAAGGAAAGUGUCCAGAAGUCAACUAUAGGCUCUGAAACAGAAGCUGGAGAAGUGGAGCAGUCAAAGGAUGGGGGUGAACAGGAGAUGACAGAUGUUGAGGAAAAUGAUAGAAUAGAGGAUUUAAAGGUUGUGGAGGAGGCAAAGGAAGAAGAAAAGCAGGAGGAAAAACAGGAUGAGCUGGAGAAGGUAAAGGAGGAGAACGAUCUGAAAGAAAUGGAGAUAAAAGAGGAGGAUAAACAGGAGGAGGACAAUGAAUCAAAGGAAGAGACUGAUGAGAAAGAGGUAGAGGAUUCAAAGGAGGAAGAAGAGCUUCAGCAAACAGAGGAGGUAAAGGGAGAGAGGGAGCAGGAGGACGAAGAGGAGGUAAAGUUAGAGGAACAGCAGGGAGAAGUGGAGGACUUAAAGGAAGAGCACAAACUGGAGACAUUAAAAGAGGAGAACACGAUGAAGGAAGAGGAGAAGCAGGUGGAAGUGAAGGAGGAACAGAAGGAUGAGGCAGAGGAGGGAAAAGAAGAGGAGAAGCAGGAGGAAGUGAAGGAGAAACAGAAGGAUGAGGCAGAGGAGGGAAAAGAAGAGGAGAAGCAGGAGGAAGUGAAGGAGAAACAGAAGGAUGAGGCAGAGGAGGGAAAAGAAGAGGAGAAGCAGGAGGAAGUGAAGGAGGAACAGAAGGAUGAGGCAGAGGAGGGAAAAGAAGAGGAGAAGCAGGAGGAAGUUAAAGAAGAGGAGCAACAGGAGAUCAACAAAAAGAGGAAACACAAGGACAAGGAAUCAAAGGAUGAUGAGAAGGAGAAGAAAGAAGAAAACUCAAAAGAGGAUGAAAAACAGGAGGAUGUGACAGAGUUAAAUGGAGCAGAGAAAGAGGAGGGGACAACGGCGGUAAAAGAAGAGAGCGAGGUGGGACAGGUGGAGGAGCAAGAGGAGGUGGAUAAACAGCAGAAGACAGAAGAGUUGCUAGAGAAAGAAAAUCAUGCCAGGGAGGAGGAGUUAGAGAAAGAGGAGAAACAGGAGGAGUUACGGGAAUUUCAGGAGGUAAAGAAGGAAAUGGAGACAAAGGAAAGCGAAGGAAAACUGGUGCAGCUGUCUCAUUUAGAGGAACACAUGGAAACUAUUCACGAUAACAUUAGCAGGUCUGAGCCAGACAGCGAUGAGAAAGAGACCGAAGAUGUGAAAGACUUUGGAUCAUCAUUUACUGGAACUGCUGCAAAGACUGAAAACCCACAGGUGGAGGUAAAGGAUGAAAAGACUGAAGGGAAGGAGGAUGAAGAAAAGCAUCAGGAUAGGCAUACAGAGGAAGACGACCUUAAAUGCUCAGGUGAGCUUUGUACUCAACCAAGUGAGGAAGAGCCUGUGGUAGAAAGAAAUGGAAUUGGCUCUGAGGGAGCAAGUUCACAGAAUGGUGACUCUGAUAUACAAAUGAGGAAUAAUCACAGUAAUACAAUUGGUAGUGAAUCCUGGAGUGAAGGAGGAUUGGAACCUUCAGCUCCCCACAAUGACCCUGCUGAAAGUCAGGCUGUGUCACCUGAACAAACGGCGUCAUCUGGGCCUGAGGAUCCUCCUGGGUCUUCACUUCCACCUGAUGAUCUCAGUAGAGGGACAGCAGAGAGUAAGGCUGGAGGAGCCUUUGGUCUUUUCAAAAAUGCAUUUGGCUUUUUUAGCCAAACACCCCCGACUGAAAGCAAGGGGUCCACAGAAUCAGCUCAGAGUUUCAAUGUGACAUCACAGCCACAGGCCUUUCUGACUCCUGAGCAAGAACCAGAUUCUACAUCUGAUUUAAGAGAGAAUCAUGAGGUCCACACAAACUCUCCCAUUACCACAUCCACAGAGGAGCCACCGCCUGAUCCUUCCUCUGCUGAAAUCCAUCCCCAUACUGCAGCUCCGAACACAGAAGCACUCCUUCAAACAAAAAUCAUCCCCAAACUUUACAAGAACCUUCUUGAAGACAUGAGUGUGGAUGAGGCCGUUAUUUUGCAGGAACUUUUUGGACGACACAAGCUGCAGUUUUUGGAUUACAUUUUGGUCAGUUCAGAAGGUAUGACCGAAGAUCCUGAUCAUGACGAAUCUAUUCUGUCGGAUAUAGAAAGACUUCUGCAUCAUCACAGGGGGACGCUAUCUCCUAGCGGGAAGCUCGCUGAUGCACCACAGGAAGACACAGAAAAGACCAGAACACUCAGCGCACUUCAGAAGCUGGAAAUGCUGUUGGCAAGAGUGAGAAAGACUGUCAACACAGGACAAUCAGAUCAUCAAGCUGAGGCCAGCUGUGUUGGGACGUCCUGUUCAACUCACAGCAAAGCAAAGGAAGUGAACACUGAGACAGAGUCAAGGAAGACAGAGGAUUCUUUAGUGGCCCAGGAUAAUUCCAUCCACAGAGACAGGUGGAUGGCACUGGAAAAGGACAAUAGCCAAGUGGGUGGUGGCAAAGGACAAGAGAGGGAAACUGUGGGUGAAGGAAAUAAAGAACAGGAAGUGUCUCCUCCUCACAUGCCAGCAGGAUCACCACAGCCAGUGGAAGUAAUGAAGCAGAUUCUGGACUUCGUGCUUCAGAUGGCUGAAGAGUCCAUCGUUUAUGCUAAUGCAGUGAAGGAGCUCCUCAUAUGGCUUGCUGUGCAGGUUGUGUCGUCGUUGCCUGAUGACAUAAGACCUGGGCCAGACCUGUACGGUGUGCCAUGGGAGCCAGUCAUCAUCGCCGGUCUGGUGGGGCUCAUGACGAUGCUGCUGUUCACCUGUAGAUGUUAUAGUUCUAUCAAAAGCAGAAUGUAUCGAAGGAAAGAGCGGUGGAUGGCUGAACAGGUUGCACAGCUGCUGGAUGAGAAGUGUAAAGUCCUUGAGACUCUCAGUCAGUGUCAGCAAGAGUAUGAUGACCUGGAGAGUUCACUGAGGGACAGCGGUGUCUUGGCCCAGACUCAAAAGACAGAACAACUUGAGGCUAAAGCACGGCAGUUGGAACAUACUAAAAAGCAGCUGGAUACUGAUCUGGAAGAACUAAAGGAUCAACUGGACCAACAGAGACAACAUAGUACAGAGCAAGAAAAGAGGAUAGCUCUGCUUGAGGAGAACAUGAAAACAUUUGAAGAGGAAACCAAAGACCUCCAGUCACAGGAAGAGCAGGCACAAACCACUCUUAAAGUGUACAAUAUGAACAGCGAGAGACUACAGAGGAACCUGGAAACAGCAGGAGAGGAGAACACAGUGCUGCAAGAGAGCAAUGCUCAGUUAAGGCAGCAGCUGGAGGGGUGGACAGAACGAGUGAGUGAGUUGGAGGCAGAGAUGAAGAGAUGUGAGGUGGCCCACAGCGGGAUGCUGCAGGAUGUGGCCAACAAGGACGAACGCAUAACGUCUUUGACGGAUCGCCUUCUGAGGAUGAAAGGUUGGGAUUCAGAUCUGGAGGAAGGGCAAGGCGAGGAAGCAGGAGAGAAGCAGGCAACCAAUAGGACAGCAGGAAAAGCAGAGAAGAAUGGAAAAUUGGACAAAUCAGACAAACAGGGCCAUCUCCAGAAAGUCCAGAAGCUCAUUUAUGCUGCUAAGCUGAAUGCGGACCUCAAAUCAGUAGAUGAAGAUAAAGACAGAGUAUUUGCUAAAUUGAAUGAUGAAGUCAAAGCUAAAGAAGACCUGCAAGAGGGCAUUAAGGAGCUGGAGAAUGAGAAGUUAUCUCUGCAGUCUGACACUGAGCACUACUCAGAUCAGGUGCAACGAUUACAACAGAAACUCCAGAUUAUGACAGAAAUGUAUCAGGAGAAUGAGCUUAAGCUGCACAGACUGCUGACAGUGGAAGAGAAGGAGCGUCUGCAGAAAGAGGAGAAGUUAAAUAAAGCAGACAAAAAUAUUGCAAUGGCCAUGGAAGAACUAAACAACUACAGGCAACGAGCAGAAGAGAUGGAAGAAGAGCUGGAGAAAACCAAGCAGUCUUAUCAGACUCAGAUUUCAGCACAUGAGAAGAAGGCUCACAAUAACUGGCUGGCAGCCCGAGCAGCAGACAGAGAGCUGGCAGACAUCAAAAGAGAGAACAGCCUUCUCAGACAGAAAUUGACGGAUACGCAGUUCAAACUCGACGCCCUCGACAAAGAUCCGUUUGCCUUGAACAGCCUAGCUAGACCGCUGCCUUUCCGAGCUGAAAGGUCACCGUACGGUCCUUCUCCUCUGGGUCGACCCGCAUCUGAAACCAGACCUUUCCUCUCUCCUCCUACACUGAUGGACGGACCACCUGCUAGGCUGUCUCCUAGAGUGCCUCUUGGUCCAGGGGAGCCCCCAGGUGGCCAAGGGGAGAUGGAGCGCACUGCAGGUCCUCGUUCGGACAGCGGCUCGAUCUCUCCUACAUGGGAGAGAGAUCGCAGGGGACCCCCACCAGGUCCCCCAGGGCCUCUAGGACCCCCAGGCUAUAUGUUUCCAGAACCAGGGGGCCCCAUGUACAGGAGACCUCCACCUCCUCCAGGUGCUCUGGGCAUUAUGCCUCCUCCUGGUUCCCUCCCCCCUGGCCCUCUCCAUCCUCGGGGUCUCCCCCCAGGAUCCCGUCAACCUCUGGACAUGGCAGAUGGCUCAUACAGAGAAAACAGCCUUGGACCUGCUGAACUAGAGCAUAGAGAGUCUGGUCCUGGUGAUCGGAGGAGUCCCCCUGAAGCAGGUCCAAGGAUAGGAGGUCCACCCCCUCCUGGACCCCCAGUGGGUCCAAUGGACGGUCCCUUUCCUCGAAGAGCCCCUUAUGGACCCCCACCUGAUUUCUACCCCCCUAGGGGACCGGGAGGGCCUCCUAUGAUGCCCAUGUGGGCGCCCCCUCCUCCAGGAAUGAUGUUACCUCCUCGUUUCCCACCCGGCGGACCUCCACCUCCUCCUCACCCUCACAUGCAUUCCUACGGCCCCCCCAUGCGACCCCCUCCUCCAGACGGUCUCCCACCUUCUUCCAUGGGCCCUCCCCUUCCUCGGCAAUCCCUCCCCUCCCCACCAUACAGCCAGUCACCUGAGGAGAACACACCUUCGCCUGAAGACGCCAUUUGAGCCUCACAAAGUUUCUGCUUCAGUGGUGAAAUGACGUAUUUUUGGUUCAAAUUUAACUCGACGCUAGAUGGACGCUCGGGCAGGUUGCUGCUUUCCCUUAUUUUCUGUAACAUCUAUUUAUUCACCAACAGGAUAUAUUCCAUGAAUAGUGUUAGCAGAGGGGGAAAAAUCAGGAUUCAUCUGCCUGUUUUUUUAUUUUUUUGCUGUAAGUCUGCUUCGACUCUUUCUCCUCCAAUUUCAUCCUUUCUGCUGUCUUUGUUCUGCCUUCUUUCUCCUUGUUAUUUCCCCUCUCUGCCCAUCCUCAGCCAACUACAUCCCCUGUGAAAUCAUGGCGACAGCACUUAGGCUCUAGUGCUGUUCUUCUCACAGGCAGCCUAAAAUGUGUGUGUGGGAACAUUGCCACACAAACCAAGAACAGUUGUUACCUCGUCAAUUCCAGAAAGGUUUUUAAUGGGACUUUGGUUAAAUAAUAUCUAAAUGUUCAUAAUGGAGCUGCAUCAAUCAACAUUUCACCCCAGUGACGGAGAUAUUUAAAUGAUCACAGACGAUCACCACAAAAAUACGUCUUUCAAGCCUGAAGUAGUACAUGUUGUUGUACCAAGACUCAUGUCAUUGUCACAAAAAAUGAAAAAAUGUAGCCAUUUAGCAGCUGUUGUUAUUGACCUGGAUUUGAUGACACCCAAUCAGAUCACUUUACAUUUUCCUUUGUCCAUGACUGAACUGAACUUCAAAUAAUCCUCAGAAGUCCAAGAGACAGUUUUCCUAAAAUAUAAAUGCACAACUGAAUUUCACUGACUUCCCUGUGGGAUUUGGGGGACUUUGCUUUCAUCAACAAAGCUAUGAUUUCAAAAAAACAGCAAGCAAACAGUGCUUUUGAUUGUGUUACAGUGGCUUACAAAUGACCUAGGCUUGAAAAAGUGGCUUUUAAUAGCUGCUUGUGUUUCAUUGAAGAAAGCUGUGACUCAUUCCGACAGUCACAGACUGGUGAAUUAAGCAGCCUGACUGGAAACGAGGCUGCUUUCAGAGCCACAGAGAUGACACCCAUGUGAAUUUUGUAAAAAAAAAAAAAAAAAAAAAAAAAUAUUGACAAAUGAAUAAAGAUUCUAAAAUUGUCGAUGUCUCCAAAUAAUUGCUAAUGUAAUGACGUUGUCGUGCAUAAAGUUGUCAUAUCAAACUCAUCAGAGGUCACCAUAGGUAACAGAGCAUCUAAUUAUAUUAUAGUGUGCAUAAGACACACAAUGGAAAUGUUAAUAAAUAAAUAUUCCAAAUAUACUUUCAGUUAUUGUAACCUUGAUUGUACAGCACAGUUUAUAUGUAAUGACCUUUACCGGACUAAACUCUUGUAAUGGGUCACUUGAAACAUGCAAAAUGUUUAUUUAAAGGUGCAAAGAAUAUUUUGAAAAUAAACUUUUAGUAUGCAUUUUAAA